AUGAAGAAUCUCGGCUUCCUGAUACUCUGCCUCGGUUGUAUGAAAACGGCAGCUCAUGCCGAUAAUGCCCCUUCUCCCUUGAGUGCUGCUGGAUCAUCUGCACUGCAACCGCCAGUAAGAACACUGCCCCAAGCCACUCUUUCUCCUGGUCGCGAAGAAUCCAUCUUGAGUUUAGAAGGACACAGGACGAGUUCCCAACAAUCCACGGAAUCCGAGAGUGACAGGAAGAAACGAUUAUCCAGUCUCAAGGAGCGAGCUCUGUCGGCGGCAGUCAUGUUUGGUGGACUGGUUUUCUGGUUGGAUACCUUUCGAGAACCCGGCUUGAUUGUUCUUGUCUGGUUUCUCCAAUUCCGACUCUACCAAGAAGGCACCAAUGUGGUUCUCUCCAAUAAGGAACUCAAAGAAAAGGGCAUUUCAUCCAUCAAAUGGUUGUGGUUUGUCGCCUACGAUCUCGCAUUGGUCGGGCCACGAUUGCUCGAACGAAAACGAGACGGAAGUCCACUCUUAUCGGCAUCCUCCAUCUACCUCUGUUCCUUUGCUCUUGUGGCGUUUGGACUGGUCAGCUUUGUCAUCAACUUGAACAAUUCCAUGGCAUUCUCCUACGAAUUCCAAGGCGCACUCCAGGAAAUGGCACUCUAUCAUUUGGCAAUCGCGCUGGUGGUGGUACCAUCGUCCUUUUGGAUUGCCACCAUUCAAGAUUUUGGCAUGAGUUAUGCCCUCUACUCGCUGUAUCUCGUCAUUAUCAAUGACAUUAUGGCCUACAUUGCGGGAGUUUGUUUUGGAAAACACCCGCUCUUACCCAGUAUCUCCCCCAAGAAAACAUGGGAAGGCUUUAUCGGGGCACUACUGUCGACCAUGGCCAUCAGUGUUUAUCUCUGGCGUGCCAUGGGGCUCGAAAUCAUUGCAGGAGGCGAUCGCAGUGUGGUGCAUCCACUCGUCAUUGCCGCAUUUUGUUCCUUGGUGGCGCCCUUUGGUGGAUUCUUGGCGUCCAUUGUCAAACGAGCACAUGGCAAAAAAGACUUUUCCAGUUUUAUUCCCGGUCAUGGCGGCAUUAUUGAUCGACUCGAUUGUCAACUCGUUGCAGCACCAUUCAUGUACUUGUAUCUCAAGCGAUUUGUCAUGCCCUGGAAGCAGUGA